CGGUGCAUGCUGGGAGGAGUGGCGGGACGCCCAUGGAGGACCCCGGCGGGUCCGGGAAGCAGCGGGAGGAGCCCGAGGCUCCUCCUGGUCCCGGGACCGACCCGGAGCCGCUGAGCGGUGACCGAGACCCCCCCGGGAGCGGCUCCUCCGACUCGGAGCCCGAGGACGGCGCGGCGGGCGGCUCUGACAUGGAGCUGCUGCGGCGGCUGCUGGCGCGGACGCUGGGUCUGGGGGCGGCCGAGGACGCGGAGCCCGAGCGGCGCCUGGAGGAGCUGACGCUGCGCGGAGUCGGGCGCUUCCUGAGCGGGGGACGCUGUAAGAAGGUGCUGUGCAUGGUGGGCGCCGGCAUCUCUACCUCCGCGGGGAUCCCCGAUUUCCGCUCGCCUGGCACCGGUCUCUACGCCAACCUGGGCAGCUACGACCUCCCCUACCCCGAAGCCAUCUUCGAGAUCGGCUUUUUCAAGGAGCACCCGGAGCCGUUCUUCGCUCUCGCCCGCGAGCUCUUCCCUGGGCAAUUCAAGCCCACCGUCUGCCACUAUUUCAUGCGGCUGCUGCAGGACAAGGGGCUGCUGCUGCGCUGCUACACACAGAACAUCGAUGCCCUGGAGCGCGUGGCAGGGUUGGAUCCUGAGCGCCUGGUGGAAGCUCAUGGCACCUUCGUCACCUCCCGCUGCCUCGAGCCCUCGUGCCGCCAAUCUUACACUCUACGCUGGAUGAAAGAGCGGAUUUUCUCCUCUCUCGUCCCCAGAUGCGAGAAAUGCGAGAGCGUUGUGAAACCCGACAUCGUCUUUUUUGGGGAGAACCUCCCCCAGCGCUUCUUUUCCCUCCUACAAGCGGAUUUCCCGCAAGCCGACCUGCUCCUCAUCAUGGGAACAUCCCUACAGGUCCAACCCUUCGCUUCGCUCGUUGGAAGGGUCCCCCCAAGCACCCCACGACUCCUCAUCAACAAGGAGAAAACCGGGCAGGGAGACCCUCUACUGUCUCUCAUGGGUUUGGGCGGUGGGAUGGACUUCGACUCCGACAAAGCCUACAGGGACGUGGCGUGGCUGGGGGAGUGCGACGCUGGGUGCCGGGCGCUGGCUGAGCUGCUGGGAUGGAAGGAGGAGCUGGAGGCACUGGUGGAGUCGGAGCACGCGGCCAUCGACGCCAGAACUGAGGGGGACCCCUGGGCCCCCCCCAAGGCAAAAGGGGGGAGGGACAGCCAGGACCCUCCCCCCAAAAUCAAGGGGGAUGUUGGGGACCCCCCCAGCGCAGAAGGGGGGGCACCCCCACAUUAAACUGGUU